UCUUACACUGUCUUUUUCAGUUGUUCUCAAUCAGAGGAAGAAGCAGUGCCAGGCCCCCACACUCUCUCCUGGUUCAUUAAGGCUUUUCCCCCAGGCUCCUUCAGCAGAUAUCAUGGCAAUGGAUCAGGGACCUUAUCCUGUAGGAUCACCCCCACCGUACAACCCGGUAGUCUCUCAACCUCAGCAACCCAAUGUAAAUGUCGCCGUCACAUCGCAACAAACCGUUCAACAACAACCACCUGUUUACCAGCAACCUCAAGUUGUGCAGCCAGUCUUUCAGCCUCAGCCUCAGCCUCAACCUCAGCCUCAGCCUCAGCCUCAGCCUCAGCCUGCCACCCAACCCAAUAUAAAUAUCAACCUCACAUCUCAACAAACUACUCAACAACCCGUUCAACAACAAGUUCAACAACAAGUUCAAGCACCUGUUUACCAGCAAGUUCAAGUUGUGCAGCCCGUGAACCAAGGGGUGGUGAUGAUGCAGCCAAAAUUCACUGACUCUUCUAGACAGAUGACUUGUCUCAACUGCCGAAACACUGUUAUGACUCAGCUCAGGUACACCAAUGGUUUGUACGCCUGGCUGCUCUGUGGCGUGAUGGGAGUCUUCGGGUUAUUGCCUUGCAUGUUCAUUCCUUUCUGCGUGGAUUCAUGCAAAGAUGUGGAGCAUUCCUGCCCCAGCUGUGGCCACGUCGUGCACGUUCAUAGACGCAUUUGAAACAACUCUGCUGAAGCAACAACAAAGGGACAAAGGGACUAAAUUAAAAUCUGUACAAACCACCUUUUACAUCUUCCGCUAGACCCACCUCUUCAGACUAUACCUAAAAAACAAAAAAACACAAAACAAAUUGUAGCACUUUAAUUUUACUUGUAAUGCACUUCUUGUUUCUUGUUCUUCUUGGUUUCCUUCUUCUGGGUAUCCUUCUGUUUAAAGCUGGAUUUUGAUUCUGAUCUACUUGUUCCAUUAAAUUACCCAAUUAAUAAAAUUGCAAUUGA